AUGUGCUCCAGGGGAGGUUCGAACUCUCGACCUUCAGAUUAUGAGACUGACGCUCUUCCUACUGAGCUACUGAAGCAUACAAAGGAUGUUGGGGAAGAAAAACAAACUUUACAUCAAAUAUUUGCGGAUUCCAUGGUUAUUAAAGGAUAUAGCACCGGGUAUACAGGACAUACUAGAAGUUCUCCAGGGGAUCUUGUAAUCCACAAAAGAGAAUUGAUAUUUUCACAUAAUAUUGUCAUUAUUGUUUCCCCAAUUUAUAUGAUAUCAUUCAUUAUUCUGUUACACUAUCAGUCCUGGCAUUUCAGCAUCUAUUAA